GAAUUUUACAGUGUUUGUACAGAAGGAUGAGUGAAAAUGGUCUCGAGGGGCCGGUAUCACAGCUGCGCGGUUUGCGGUGCAAAGAAGAAAAAUAACGAGAAUCUCAAAUUCCAUUUUUUCCCGAGGAAUAAGAAAAGAUGUUUAGAAUGGCUGAAGGUGCUGAACAUAGCUUCUCUCAAGAAUAAAAGCCUUGAACAGUUAUGGAAAUCGUACGUGGUUUGCAGCAAACAUUUCUGUGAACACUAUUAUACUUUCACUGGUCGUCUGCUCUCAACAGCAGUUCCAAAACCAGAUCAAUACUGUGUUGAUCUUCCUAAUACGGAUGAUAAUCAUCAGCUAAAAGUUCCAAAAUAUGAUUCGUUUACAACACACUUUGGAGUCAUCAGCCAGAUUUGUUGUUUUGAGGCAGAUGUUGAAGGAUCAACAGAUUCUGAUGCUGAUGAGAUUAUAGGCAAGAACUCCAACAACACAGGCAAUAUCUUAAGGACAGCAUGGAAGAAAGCUGAAGGUGAUAUUUGAAGAGAAGAUACAAACAGAACAGCAUUAUAAAGUGUGCCUACAAUAGAACCCAGUUCCUGUAAUCAUCCUAAAAACAGUAUUUUUUCAGGUGUGAUGUUAUGACUUAAGGGAUAUAUGUAUUUCUAUUUAUAUACUUCUUUAGCAUUUCUGUAGGAAAUAGAAAAUAUAUUUACAAAUUUAAGUUACCUUGAUACAAAAACAAGGUGUAUAUACUGUGAUAUAAAAGGUUUUCAUUAUAGUACUCAUUGAAUUUUAUUCUGAUUAGUACCAUAAGGCAGUUUAUAAUUACAUGUACCUUCUUCAGUUCUUUAUUUUUAUUAGACCAAUCCCAUCUUUUGCUUGGUAUUUACAUUAGCAUGUUUUGUGGGAACUGCUGUUAUUACUGUCCUGAGAUUCAUAUUUUUGUAACACAAGAUGUUGAUAAAGUUGCUACUGAAUUGUAACAUUUAUAUAAUUCAUGGUGCUAUAUCAUAGCAAUAAGUUAUUUUUCUUUCUUUGUUGUACAAAUGGAUUUAAGUUAUGUUGAUUCUAUUGAAAUUACAAGUGCAGGUAUUUAUAUAGGCUGUAUAAUUGUUUCUAUUUUUCUGUAUGACAGAAUUUAUUACAAAAAUGUUGAUUAUCCUAAAGCCAUUAGUUAUUUGAUAACUCCAUUUACCAAUCAUCAUAUGAAAUCUGUUUCUCUAACAUACAUAAAAAUGCUUUUAAAUUUCCAUGCAUCUUCUCUUACUUUGACUUUUUUCAGAGAAUAAGAAAAAAUUUAAAACAGUUGCACAUUUUCAUUUUCAUGUCUGCAUUGUGUGUUAUCUAUGUUUAUUUUGCAUGAUUACACAUUCUCAAAGUGUUCAGUAAGAUGUACAAACGGUUGAUUUUGGUUUAAUAAUUUUCACUUUUAUUAUUCAAAUUCCAUGAUUACUGACAGGAUUUUUUUCUUUUGUGAAGAUAUAUAUGCUUAUAGCAAUGUAAGUAAUGAAUCUAUUAAACUUUAUUUUUUGUUAGGUGUGAUAAUUGUAAUGGGAUUGUCCAUUAUUCCUUUUGUGAUAAUGUGAUUUCUAUGCAGCAGUAUGCAUAUCAAUAGGAUUUGGUAAACUGAAGUUACUUUUUACUGAAAGGUGAGAUGCUCUGUGAUAUCAGAUUGUCUAUUUUUUGUUACUAUGAAACGAUUGUUUAUUAAGAACAUUUAAUUUAUUAGAAGUAAUCCUAUGCAAUUAAAUUUGUAUUCAUGUAAAAUGCAUUAUUUUUGCUGAAUCAUUUUUUUGCAAAAUAAAGCUGAGUUGUCAAAAUGAGUUUUACUUUUGAUA